UAUAAGACUUUGCGACAAGUCGUUAAAAGAAGUCGACGACGUCUGAGAGCAGCUCUAUGGCUUCUGUUGUCCGGCGUAAACCAAAUUAGAAACGGUUUGAGUUUUUUACAUUUCAGGUUUAUUGGAGUCGUGCUAUGUCUUCGGGGAUGACUAGGCAAACUGCGUGCCUAUCCAGCAGAUGGGAUCAGCCAGCCCAGCCUAAACAGACUGUAGAUGUAAGGCAACAAAGGAUUUGUGAAAAUGCAGCUGUCCCUUUAUCAGGAGUCAUCAGCACUGCCAGUCCAAACAGUACGCAGCCACCACAAAUGGGAGAAAAGUCAGGAGGAGUUGAAAUGGCUGCAGCCAUGGCUGCUAAAAUAAAUGCCAUGUUAAUGGCCAAAGGAAAGCUGUUAACACCUCCACCAUUACUUGCAAAGACACCUCAUAGUGUGCCUGUGCCAGCUGCAACCGAAGAGAUGGUGGUCACAGAGGUUGACAUAAAUGAUGUACCGUUGAAUUGCAGGGACCUUCUUACAAAAGGCAAAACACAGGAGGAGAUUCGACAGGUCAGUGGAGCUGUUGUCUCAACGAAAGGUCACUACAUGAAUGACACUGAGAAGGACAAAGGACGACAAAUACCUCUGUAUUUGCAUGUCCAGGGAAAGACUCAAGACGAGGUCAAUAAGGCCGUGAUGAGGAUAAAGGAGAUAAUUUCUGAGGAUGUGUUGAGGGCCUCUGCAGCAUCGGGAGGACAACAGGUUCCUAUAAUGCCCCCACUUACACUCUACCCUCAGCCUCCUCGGCCCGUUGUUCCUUCACCUGUGCCCCGUAUGCCUAUCACCAGCACAGUUCCAGGCCAGGGACAUCGGCCUGCAGCGCCACAUACAGGGAGUUUUGUGCAUACAAAGAUAUUUGUGGGUCUGGACCAAGCGUUGCCUUUGUUCAAUGUAAAAGAAAAGGUUGAGGGCCCAGCAGGCUCCUACCUGAGUCACAUCCAGACCGAAACUGGUGCUCGUGUCUUCCUCAGGGGAAAAGGUUCUGGCUACGUUGAACAGGCUUCUAAACGAGAGUCUUUUGAGCCUCUUUAUGUCUAUAUCAGCCACCCAAAUGCAACUGGUUUGGAGGCAGCGAAGAAACUAACGGAGAGCCUACUGGAAACUGUGAGGGCUGAACAUGCCAAGUUGGUGUCCACGUACACAGCCACGGGCUCCACACAGCCAUACGCAGCACAUGGAUUUCCACCUAAUAGCAAUUACUCUAGCCAGGGAUCCUGGUAUAACUACCCAGCAAAUGGUUACGCUGGCGGCUAUUCAGCGUACCCAGGAGACGGUGGUUAUUGGAGUAAUGCAAAUGGUCCCCCAAGUCAUUCUAACAUGUCGACAAACCCUCCAUCUUCUCAGGCAAUGGUUCAGUAUCCAGUGUGUCCAAGGAAAUCACAUCCCUAUCUUGUUCAGGAUCCUGACAGCAGUGAGUCCACGGAACCUGAAGGAUCCAUAAAUGACUCGGAAAGCCCAAAACGUCAUUUCCAGGAAGGUGCUAAGGAAGACCAGCCUGACAGCCAUUCACCAGAGAGCCCUGCAUAUCUGGAGCCUGCACUUCCCACCUCUAGUGAGGAAACAGUAGUGGAAAGGUUUCUGAUGCCGCCACCACCGCUACCUCCUUCUGUUGCUGCUGCUCCUGCUGUACGCAAAAGGCAGAGACAUGGGAUGACAGAUGAUGAUCCAGCCACUGUUAACAGCACCACCGCGUCAGUGGGUUUUCAAGAGGUGGAAUGCAAGAAGUCUAAAGUUGAGGAUGCAUCAUGGCUAGUGCCCUAUGGAGGAGAUUCGUCCGAUGAAGAGGAGGACAGGCCACACAGCAGUAAGACAUGACUCCUAACACCUGCCCUUCCCUUUCCUUAUUGUCCAGGAUACCUGCAGACCCAAGGUCUACAUUCAGCACAUCAACAUGGGUCUCAGACCCAAAAUCCACCGCCCUCCCCACCCCCCAAAAAAGAAAAAGCAACCUCUUGUUGUUGGUUUUUAAACUGUUCUUGAAUUAAACUUUUUUUCCCCCUGCUUAAAUUUGACAGAUUUUCAGUUUCCAAAAAAUUUGUCGAUGUAAGGACUUUAAGGUGACCAGUCUUUACACACUGCUGGGUCAACAGUGGUUUUGUAUGUGUAAUACUGAAGUCAUUUUAUUGAAAGCCUUUAAAACCACAUUUCAUUUUAAUUUUGGUUUUAUGCAUCUGAGUGGAUUUCUAUAAUCCCUACUACACUGAUUGUAAAACUGUUGGUUUUAGUUUCAAGGCAUAUUUAAAUACAUGCCCACCUAUAUAGCACAUGUAAGUGUUGCUAGUGUGUCAACAAGUUCAUUGUUUGUGUUUGUAAUUAAUUUGAUUUUUUUUUUUCCUCCAAAAAUUCAUUGCCAACCUUCUAAGUGGCUGAGCAUUUUAACUAAGGCCACUAUUCAUCAGGAUAGGUCGAGAAAGGCAAAGCACGUCUUGGACCAUUUUAACAGUGUGGUAGUCACUACAAUGGAUUUUUUUUCUUUUCUUUUUUUUUUUUUUUAAAGGCAAAUAAGACUUUUUAUUUAAAAAUUUCUCCCCCAGGAGUAUUUUUUUUCCCUGGUGCAUCAUUUUUGUUAAUGAUAAAAGGCUCACUUUCGUUUUAUUUGAAAUCCAACACUUGGUCUGCUGCAUUCAUUGAUGAUUUGAAUACAUGUUGUAAAAUUCAGUGAAACAUUUUCUUAUCUUGGAAAAUGGUGUAUGCCUGUUCCCAUGGAAUACUAUAAUAAAAACCAGAAACACCUCC